AAGGUUGCUUUGAGAAAUUAAAACAUAAGUUCCUUAAGCUUUACACUGCUUUACACAUUACAUCUUCUGUUCUAUAAUUAUAAGAAAUAAUAAUUCUGUAAUAAGGUUGACUCAUACUAUACGAAAAUGUCUUAUAUGUUAGCACAUUUGCACAAUGGGUGGCAAGUAGAUCAAGCAAUAUUAUCUGAGGAAGAUCGAGUUGUGGUAAUUCGUUUUGGGCAUGAUUGGGAUCCUUCUUGUAUGAAAAUGGAUGAAGUCUUAUACAGCAUAGCCGAAAAAGUAAAAAAUUUUGCUGUUAUUUAUUUAGUUGAUAUCACAGAAGUACCAGACUUCAACAAAAUGUAUGAAUUAUACGAUCCAUGCACAGUAAUGUUUUUCUUUAGAAACAAACAUAUAAUGAUUGAUUUGGGUACUGGUAAUAACAACAAAAUAAAUUGGCCUCUCGAAGAUAAACAGGAAAUGAUAGAUAUUAUAGAGACUGUUUACAGAGGAGCAAGAAAAGGAAGAGGUUUAGUGGUUUCACCAAAGGACUAUUCGACAAAAUACCGAUAUUAAAGUGUAUAUUUUUCUACUAAAUUUUAUUUAUUAACAUUAAAAUGAUAUAUUUAAAAAAUUUGUACAUAAAAUUUACAUGUCAUUUGUAGAUUCUU